CACAAUAUUCGCUGCGCAGAGCGUGCUUGCGUCACUUCCGGCUGUGGGCGGUGCUUCAGCACACGUGGGUGACGCGCCGCAAACAUGGCGGAUCAGAGAGAAGCGUCUGUCGAUGAAGAGGAGAAAAACACAAAUACAGCCGAAGAGGAGAACACCACACAGACAACAGAAGAGAAGACAAACACACAGGCGACAGAAGACGACAGCGACACGACAGACAAGGAGACAGAAGACGACACAAACACUGAAGAGACACACAAGAGCUUCAGAGAUCUGGGCGUUACUGAAGUUCUCUGUGAAGCCUGCGAUCUGCUGGGAUGGAAGAAACCGACCAAGAUCCAGAUAGAAGCCAUUCCUGUGGCUCUGGAGGGUAUGCAGCUCCUCACACACACACUCUCUAACACACACACAUAGGGCUGGGUAUCAAGU